GAUUCCCGGGCAUUCCAGUGAGACGUUGUAGAUUUAGUGGUAUAGGCGUGGAUGGAAAUGCAUUUCAUCGUUUGAAGACAUGUCACAAAAGCUCCUAUUUAUCACACCUUUCCUCAAAACAAUUAUUCUUAAUCGACACAUACCGGUUGAAGAAGUAUCUGUCUACAGGCUGACACGGUUCAUCACCGAACUUUUACAUUCACUCAUUGAUUCAGUUUUGCUGUUUAUUUAUUCGAUCUAAAUCUUGGAAACACUUUUUUGCCAACAUGUCCAACAGUGAAAUCAACAGAAGAGAUAAUAAAAAUGGCUGAUUUCUGGAGAUACCUUUCAUUUUAUUUUUGGUACCGUCGAGUGAUGAAGAUUAUUCUUCAUUUUUCUACUGGCCAAUGUGAGUUACAGCGAAUUUGUUACAAGACAAGACAUGGAGCAUUGAGGACUGGCCAAGUUGAAAAAUCAUUGAGGCAGUCAAAAUCCAAGGAACUCUCAGAUUUAGUGGAUGCAGCAAAUGUGGAUAUCCAGGAAGCACUGGAAUUGAUUAUAGAAGUUAAAAAGAUACGAAGGGCACAGGAAAGUGUUUUUGUGGACUCCAUGUCUAUCUGCCUGAGUCAGAUAUGUGGUUAUACAGACCUUUGCUAUGAUGCUGAACAGUUGAGAAAGCAGCCAUACUCAUCUGAUGAUGCCAGCCAUGAAGAGAAGUUAAUGCAGCUCUGGAAGCUUAUGAUGCCAGAUACUCCACUGAAAGAGAGAAUCAGUAAGCAGUGGGGAGACAUUGGUUUCCAAGGAAAAGACCCCAAGACCGAUUUUAGAGGAAUGGGUGUCCUUGCACUGGAUAAUCUAUUAUAUUUUGCAUUAAAACACACACCUGCAGCAAGGAAAGUUUUGUCUCAAUCUCAUCAUCCACACUUCUGGUUCUCUUAUGCCAUUGCUGGUAUUAACGUCACUUCACUAGCUCUUCAGUUUUUGAACAAAGGAUCUCUUAGAAGUCAUUUCUACAACUGCAAACAAGGCAAACCAACAGUAGAGGACUUUCAUGAAGUUUAUAGUUAUUUGUUCUUUGAGUUCAGUGCAUUUUGGAUCAAGGAGGAACCGGAGAGUGUCAUGAUUUUCAACGAAGUCAGGGAUAAAUUUGCUGACAAUAUUGACACACUUCUCUCAGACCCAAAUACUGUUUUGGAAUUAAAAUAUACAUCCAUACAGGAUUCUGCUUCUUUAUCAUCUGUAUCUACAGUGGGGUGAUCUGUUCCCUGAACAUUGCAUACUAUAAUUAAUGUUUAAAUAAUAUUUGUACUAACUCGAGAGUUUGCUCUCUUCAGUAAGAGUGGGUUGUGAAGCCACACUCCUGCUAGGCAGCUAGUCACUCAGCUUUGCUGUUACUUGAAAAAUUGAUGCCAGCAGGCUUGCAUCCAGUGCAGUAUUAUUUUUUGUAAAUAGAAUCCCAACAACUAAAUUAUUUCAAAUUUCAUAUUGAUGUUAAAUAGGAGCACCAUCGUAGAAUGUGUAGAAAUGUUAGGAGUGUUUUUUCAGUGUUAAGUGAUGAAACUUUCAGAGUUGGGAUAAUUAAGGAUUUUUAGCAACAGAUGUCUUACAUUGUAUUUUAAACAAUGAUAACAAUUAAUGAAAAUUAGCAAAUUGACUAGAUGGUGUAGAUGUCCCAACAGCCAUUAAAAGACUACUUUCUUCAUAUA